ACGAGGCCACAGCACGCGUGCAGGGAGGAGAGGAGAGGAGAGAGGGGGAGCACAGACGGAGGAGUAUGUGACAGGAAUGCCCACAGACUGACUGAGAAGCAAACGUGAAGAUAUUGUCGUGUUUUCGAGUAUUUCCGUGCUCGUAGGCGAGCUGUGUCUCCAGCGCGGCUUCGCGGCUCGAGGGUAAACAGGAAGAUGCUGCUCGUCUUUCUCCUCGCGGCGCUGAGAUGCUGAGGUGAGCGACGCAUGGAUGAAGCGAAUCGAGCGAACGUGAAAGAAAAGGCGGAGAGACUUCGUACAUGUCGGCUGAAAUAAUCUUCUCUCGGCUCAGCAUGUUUUGAGAGGUGCGGGCGCCAGCGGCGUGACAUGAAGGCGGUUUGGACGUCGAGACGACGGCGGUUCCUCCGCGGACUCUGUGUCUGCGGGGGGCUCAUCACCCUCAGCUGCUUCCUUCACGUAACAGACCAUCUCAAAAAGGACUCUGACCUCAUUUGGUCCAAACGAAGACUAACACAGCAAAGUGUAGAGGAGAACCAAACGUCCAGCACACCCCGAGCUGCAAUCAAUGAAUUUCCUGAGGACAUCUUCACUAAGGAGCAGAGAAGGCAUGGGGCGGUGCUGCUGCAUGUUCUCUGUGCAGUUUACAUGUUCUACGCCCUUGCCAUUGUUUGUGAUGUGUACUUUGUGCCAUCUCUGGAGAAGAUCUGUGAGAACCUGCAUCUGAGUGAGGAUGUAGCAGGGGCCACCUUCAUGGCAGCAGGAAGUUCUGCUCCAGAGCUCUUUACCUCUUUGAUCGGUGUAUUCAUCACUAAGGGAGAUGUGGGAGUUGGGACCAUAGUGGGCUCUGCAGUCUUUAAUAUCCUCGUUAUCAUUGGAGUGUGUGGCAUCUUUGCCGGACAGACGAUCUCUCUCACCUGGUGGCCUCUCUUCCGUGACUCUGUUUACUACAUAUUCUCUGUCUUGGCCUUGAUUCUGAUCAUUUAUGAUGAGAAAGUUCUCUGGUGGGAGACGAUAGUCCUCAUAUCGAUGUAUGGAGUUUACAUCCUUAUCAUGAAGUUUAAUAGUCAAAUCUGGGGCUGGGUGGAGCAGCAGUGCGGGAUUCCCGGGCAGCCCUGUUUGGUGAGCAGCUUACGCAGAGAUAUAGCAGUAGGAGAGGCCACAGCGCACUGCGAUACUUCCAUGAUCCUGAUGAAGAAAGGUCAGUGUGCAGGCGAACAGGACUCGCCCGUGGUGAUGGUGGAUGAGCUGAUGAGUCUGCACCCUCACCAGUUCUCCUUCUCAGAGGCAAGCCUCCGUGUCAUGAUCACGCCCCACUUCUCCCCCCGCACCCGCCUCAGCAUGGCCGGACGCAUGCUCAUCACCGAGAGGCAGAGGCUGAUAAGGAACCGGAGCUCAGGGGACAGUGGCAGUGGUGCCGGGGACACUCCUGGCCAGGAUAACUCAGGGCUCGAGGGGGUGCCCUGGGGGCUGGAGAACGGAGAUGCCUUGGAGAGUGAAACGCAGCCGCUGGAGGACCCCAGGAUGAGGGGCGAGGGGUCAGCACUGGAUCGGGGAGCGGAUGCAGAAGACGCCCAGCCCAAAGAGGAAGAUGAUGAUGAUGAGGUUGAGGAAGGACAACCCUUCAGUCCUCUCAUUGUGCCAGGAGGGUGCAGUGAACGGGUGAGGUGGUUGUUCUCGUGGCCUUUAAGCUGCCUGCUAUACUGCACUGUGCCCAACUGUGUGCUGCCACGCUGGGAGCGCUGGUUCAUGGUCACUUUUGUGGUCUCCACGCUCUGGAUUGCAGUCUUCUCCUACCUCAUGGUGUGGAUGGUCACCAUUAUCAGUUUCACACUGGAUAUCCCAGACGUUAUUAUGGGGAUCACAUUCUUAGCAGCGGGUACCAGCGUCCCAGACUGCAUGGCCAGUCUCAUAGUUGCCCGUCAAGGUAUGGGAGACAUGGCUGUAUCUAACUCAAUAGGCAGUAACAUCUUUGACAUUCUCUUGGGCCUUGGUUUCCCAUGGGCUCUGCGCACGCUAGUGGUGGAUUACGGGUCAACUGUCUUCAUUAACAGUAGGGGACUGGUGUACUCAGUCAUUUUACUGCUUGCUUCAGUUUUUCUCACUGUUCUAAGUGUACAUCUAAACCACUGGAGACUGGACCGCAGGUUAGGCCUGGGUCUCAUGGUCCUGUAUGCCAUCUUUCUUCUCUGCUCUAUCUGCUUUGAGAAGCUCUAGGCCAGCCCACUGCAGAUGAACAAUACUGUUUCCUGAGUAAAACACUGAAUCGCUUAGUUAUAAAACACCUGAUUACUACAAUUAUCUUAUCUGGGGAGUGAAGACAGGACACUGUAUGGGUCAAACAGAGAUCAGUGGUCAAUGAUCAGUCAAGUCAGGGAGGUGUAGAGUGCAGCUUUUUGCAGUAGGUGUUGCCUGUGUUAAGCAGCCUUUACUCAGUGUGCUACUUUUCUGCAGAUAGGAAAUAAGAACAUACUUGGAAAUCAAAACUAAUAUAAACAGUAUGAGUUUUCAAGCAAAACAUAGUAUCGCUUCUGAUUAUUUUGUGUCAUAGGUUGGAUUAAGCAACACGCUGUUACAUCAGUCUGAGUUGAAAGUCAUCCAAAGUGUACUACAAUACAUUAAAAGUGUGGGAGUAGGAUUUACAUGCUUUAGUACUGCUAAAUUGCAUGUUGUCAGUUACUAAAUGAGAGUAACAGGCACUUCCUACCCCCUGCACCUCUCAGUAUCAGAAUUCAAGCCACAAGAUGUGAUGUUUACAACACACAGGACACCUCUUUACCUUCAGCAUGUUCUUAUUUCUACUCUGUAAUCCAGAAGUCAUUUAUUGGUGAUUAUGAACAAGAUACAGACAAGAUUACAACACAUUAUUACUUCUUGUUAAAAUCAGUGCUCUUAACCACUUUAAUGUUCUAUUAAAUCUUUAUGUACAUAUAAUUUCUGACAUAACCGUAUUUUUUUGAAGAUGUCUUUGAAAUGUUGAGAGAAUCUGCAUAGUCAAUCUGAGCUGUUUCAGUAUUUGACAGUUAGUUUUACUCAUUAACCAAAAAAGUCCCCUCUUGUCUUUAAUACAUGUUGAAAAGCUUUUACAUUCUAGUAGUUUUAUACAAAUUGCUGUCUGACAUUUUAGAUGUGUUUGCUAUACGUUUUAGAUAUCAGACUGACCUUGUUCCCUUUGCGUCCCUUUUAAACGCCAGUCUAUUUAUCACAAUUUACAUAGUAUUUUUAAAAUCUAGUAUGAUGGACAGAUGGCUAUCAUACUUCCUCAGACUUUGAGUGAAGAGUGACAAAAAUCUGAAAAAUAAAUUUGAUGCACCAAUGAUGAUUUCUGGCCUGCCAAUCAGUACAUACAUUCUUUUGUGUAACUUAUUUUUCUCCAUGUGUUUUACGUAUUGUUUUGUGGUAGAUGUAUUUCAUAGUGGAAACACUGAGUGCACUAAAAAGCUUUUGUGAUGUAUAAGCAUAUUGUCAAAGGAUUUUCAUCAAUAAUUUUUUUAUGGUAUGGAAAUUCUAUGAUUCUAUAAUUGUCCCAUAAUUUACAGUAAUGAAGUUUUAUUUAUUUUAAAUCUAUUUAAAAGCCAGUAUAGUUUUAGUAUAUUUAAGUAACACUUUUAUUUCUUUGAAACUAUCACAGACAGCUUUGACUGAAGUCUUUUCUAUCUCUGAAAAUUCAAGAUAUACAUAAUAUUCAUUCUUUACAUAGGGUUUUACUGUUCAUUUUGGACAUUAACGGUGUAAUAUCAUGCUGUCUGAUCUGCUGUACACUGGCUUAAUUCUGUGAGGAGCUGACAGCUAACUAAAUGCCUUUUCUUUCUUUCUUUCUUUCAUGAUAAGUGAUUUAGGGGCAUGCCUGACUUUAUAGCCUGACCUCUGUCCAUCUGUAUUCAUAAAGAACAUGAAACUUUGUAUGUUGUUGAGAGUGCAAUUAAACAAGUAUGGUGCAAUAUAA